AUGGCUGUAAUUUAUGGAGAUUUCAAAAAAAGAAAUGCAAUCAAUACCAUGGUUGAAAAACUUGAUGAUGUGGCUUUUGAGUUGAUUCGGAUUGCUCCUAAUAAUCAUUCUGAACAAGUAAGAGAUAUUGCUGAAGUAUGUACUGCUGUAGUGCAUGGUAGUGAACUUGGGAUAAGAGCUCAAGUACAAGGCAUUGGUGGAGCUUGGAAAUUGCUUAUCGAUAAUGUAAAUACAAUGGUUGCAAAUUUAACAGCUCAAGUUCGUGAUAUUACUGAUGUGUUAAAAGCCGCCACUAGAGGAGAUCUUGGUAAAAAAGUAACUGUUAAUGUAAGAGAUCUUACCAAUAAUGUGAAUUUAAUGGCUUCUAAUCUUACUGCUCAAGUACGUGACAUAGCAGCUAUGUGUAAAGCAGUAGCAUGUGUUGAUUUGUCUAGAAAAGUAAGGGUUCCUACGCAAGGCGAAGCGCUAGAAUUAAAAAUUAUUAUAAGUACUAUGGUAGAACAAUUAUGUAUGUUUGCUACCGAAGUAACUAGAGUGGCUAGAGAGAUGGGUACUGAAGGUAUUCUGGGUGGCCAAGCUGAGAAUCUUACUUCUCAAGUACGUGAGAUUGCUAAUGUUUCAAAAGCUGUUGUUCUUGGUGAUCUGAUAACAAGAGUCUCUUUAGAAAUAGGAACAGAGGGUAAAUUAGGUGUACAAGCUGUUGUUGAAGAUGUUGAUGGUACUUGGAAAGAAUUGACUGAUAAUGUGAACGUAAUGGCAGCAAAUCUCACAACUCAAGCACGUUCUAUUGUUGGAGUUAUGACUGCCGUGGUUCAUGGUAAUUUCAGUAAAAAAAUACUGUUGAUGUCAGGGGUGAGUUACUUGAUAUUAAAAACUGUUAAUUCUAUGAUUGAACAACUUUGUAUCUUUGCUGCUGAAAUAACUAUAGUAGCUAGAGAAGUGGGCACUGAAGUACUUGAUUUAAGGAAAACAAUUAAUAAUAUGGUUGAUCAAUUAUCUACAUUUGCUGCUGAAGUAACAAGAGUUACUAGAAAAGUAGGGACCGAAGGAAAAUUAGGUGUUCAAGCACAAGUUAAGGAUAUUUCUGUUGCUGCAACCAAUGGAGAUUUUAUUCAAUUUAUUACUGUUGAUGCAUCUAGCGAAAUGGAUUCGCUUAAAACUAAAAUAAAUCAAAUGGUAUAA